AUGAACGGUAAGCAUUUACAAGCCAUUUGUGGUGGAAGCAGUCCCUCAACAUCUAAUUUCCAGUUUUCCAAGUUAAUAAAGUGGGUAGCAGUCAGUAUUGUCGCUGGAAGCGGUUCUAUCUAUUUAUACAAUGUGUUUGCUCCGGACUGGCGAGAGCUUCAAGAUGAAAAGCACUAUUAUUCUGAUUGGAAGCUCAGAGCUUAUUGCUCUCUCCCACUAAAUGCCUUCUCACGAUUUGCUGGUUACCUAGCUAAUGUCUAUAUACCCGUGUGUUUACGACGGAAGUUGUUUGGUAUGUAUGUUCGAGCUUACGAUUGUCGAAUGGACGAAGCCGAAGUGGAAGAUUUAUCGGCUUAUCCAACGCUAGCAGCCUUUUUUAAUCGUUCACUGAAGCCAAGAUUGAGACCAGUCAGCGACUCAGAUCUAGUUUCUCCAGCUGAUGCAGUUGUUAUUCAUUACGGGAAAGUGAAUGAGGGACGUAUUGAAUUUGUCAAAGGCCAUGAUUACGAUAUUGUUGAUUUUCUUGGACCUAAAGGAUAUGAGCUUUAUCAAAUGGUUCUUUAUCUCGCUCCGGGCAAUUAUCAUGGAUUUCAUGCGCCUGCAAAUUGGUUGGCUACUCAAGAAAUACAUUUCCCAGGAUUGCUCUUGUCUGUGAGACCAACACUUCUAAAACGUCUGCCUCAUGUGUUUUGCAUCAAUGAACGAGUCGUUCUGAAAGGCUCAUGGAAACAUGGUUUUUUUUCAAUGAGCGCAGUUGCGGCUACAAAUGUUGGGGAUAUCUCAAUAGAAGCAGAUCCACUGCUGCAUACUAAUGUUAAACGGAUACGAAAGGAAUUAAAAGAACCGACACAGACAUCUACGGAGUUGGAAUACAAGUAUCGACCGGGAGAUAAGGUAGGGGAAUUUAGACUGGGAUCGACGAUCGUCUUGAUAUUUGAAGCUCCUCCAACUGUUCAUUUUGCAAUCCACGCGGGUGACAAUCUGCGUUAUGGUCAAAGUCUCAUUAUUGGAAGAACAUAG